AUGGCGGACGCAGAUGAGGAUGCCGUCCGUGGCACUACGGUCGAGGCCACGCAAAUUGAAGUCGAUCUCUCCGACGAAACGCAGGACUUUCGCCUACUGAACCACCUCAAUUUCCUCACCGACACAUCAUCCUCCAGCCUCCCCCGCCGCGGCGAGAAAGACUUCGAGCCCAAUCCAACCGAAUUCCAAGCCGAUGUCCUCUCCGCUUCCCGCCAGGCGAUGCACAAUGCGCUCGCGCACCCCCGUCUACACAACCCAAAGACUCAGGUCAUUGCCAUCUAUGCCCCUGAAGGUCCUCCACCUGCGCCCGCGGUAACCCCGGGCCAGCCCAGUAGGGGCGCGAGUGUCUCGCCGGAUGCAUGUGUCUACGUUCCUUCUCCCAAGGGCCAAUAUUUCAAGAGUAUGGGACAAGCGGAUCGGAAGGGUGUUAUCUGGUUGUUGCCCGAGGAGGCGUUAUACCUGCUUGAGCGGGAGGGGAGUGAGGAGGAGGAGUUGUCGAUUCCGAUGAGUUUGCAGGCGGCUUAUACGUGUCUCAUUGGAAGAGGUGGGUUGACCCUUGAGCGGUUUACGGUCUUCUCGAGCUUGAAGAGGAUCGGAUAUGCUAUUUCUCGAGCGCCGGGGUGGGACGAUUCUACGGAGGUAGACGAUUCGGUCGAUGAACACAGCCGCGAUUCCUAUACGCAGCCUCUCAAGCGCGGCGCAGGUCUCGCCGGUAUCCUGGGAAGCAUCUUCAACUGGAUCAAUGAUCCAAAAUCCACAUCCUCUAUGGCGGCUGGUCCCGUCAUCGGAUAUGGAAUCCAUCGUAAUUACGCUGAUAUUUACAAAAAACUCGCCCUAAUCCCCUGGUACGACCCAACCCUCGCACCCACACGAAACACUCUCAACACAUCCGCCCCCUUCCGCGUAAUCUUCUACGUCUACAAACCCUCAACACCCAUCAAAAAAUCCGCCCUCCCACCUCCAGACUUCCGCAUCGCAGUCAUAAACACCCGCGAACAAACCACCGCCCCGACUCUCCCGGAGCUUAGCGCGCUCCUGGAAAGUACACCGCUUGAUCCACCGCGCGGCGAGAAAAUGGAGCGUCAGAUGUAUAUGCGGUUACGGCAUGGGUAUCGCAAUGUUAUUUUGGCGGUUGUGGAUCAGGGGGUUACUAGUUUCUUGAGGGUGGCGGAUGUUGCAUUUGGGAAGGAGAGGUUGUUUGAGGGUUCGAGUGCGCCGACGGGGCCGAAGAAGGGGGGGAAAUUUUAG